AUGGCGCCGGCAGACACCCUCUCCCCGCCGGGGUCGAGCUCGUACUCGUCCAACACGCUGACGGUCGGCGACGGGACAUGGGACUUUACCAAGAACACAUUCCUGCUGCCCAACCUCGUGGCGCUGAACUUUGACACGAUGCAAUACAAUGGCAUGGGAAACCGCUUCUCGACCCUCACGCAGUACCACAGCCUCAUCCUCGGCCACGGCGUGCUAGCCGCAAUCACCUUCCUCUUCAUAAUACCCAUUGCCGUCCUCGUGGCCCGCUUUUACGCCCGCUCGCCCGGCACCGCCAUCCGCUACCAUGCCUACCUACAGAUCCUCGCCGUGCUAUUUUCCACCGUCAUCUUCAUCCUCGGCUUCAUGGCCGUCGGCCCGCCGCGCAACCUGUCCAACCCCCACCACGGCAUCGGCGUCGCCAUCUACGUCUUGAUCCUACUCCAGGCCGUCGGCGGCCGCCUGGUCAAGCACAUUACGGGUCGCUCGCUGCGCGUCCACCUACACAAGUGGUCCGGCCGGGCCAUCACCCUCCUCGGCAUCGUGCAGGUCCCUCUGGGCUUGACGCUGUACGGCUCGCCAAAGUACCUGUUUGUGCUGUACACGUUGUGGAUGGUCUUUUUGCUGCUGCUGUACUUCAUCCUCGACUACAGAGAUGAGGGCCGCCGCGAAGUCUACGUGAGCGGCGGCCGAGGCACCGACCACGGUUCAGAUCGCAAGUCGAGCCGUGGCAUUGGAUGGCUUGGACCGCUCGCCGCCGGCGCUGGUGUCUGGGCACUGCUCCGAAGCCGAGGCCGCAAGCGCGACAGGGACACAGAGCAAGCCCUGAGCCGCACCCCCAGCCCCGCGGGCCGCUCUCACCGCGGGCCCGAGGUUAUCCCGUCCCCGCGAGGGUCCGAGAGCUACCACGACGAGAAGCACACGGACCGGCGCCGCGCGAGCGGAGGUGGCUUCAUGAACAGAGUCCUGGGCGUUGGUGCGGCUGUAGGCGCCGGUGCCCUCGUGUCGCGCAUGAUGAGGCGCCGAAGCCGCGGAAACGAUGACCAGUACUCGGCCGUGGCGACCGACACCCCAAGCCGGCCCCAGAAGCCCAGGAGGGGUUAUGCGCCCACCGAGAGCGAGUUCAGCGAACGAACCGAGGACAUCCGCAGGCACGAUAGCCGGCAUGAUAGACGAUCGCCGCUACUUCCGGGUCCCGGCAUCCCGGCCGCAGCAGGCGCGGCUCCGAGCGCGGCCGGUGAACGGCCAAGGACCCCACUUCCUGCCCACUCGAGGUUCGACAGCCAAGAUGCUUCCGACUACUCGUCCUCUUACGUCAGUCCCUCGCGAAGAACCUCGGAGAGGAAAAAGAGUGGUGGGUUCGCCAAGGGGAUUUUGGGCGGGCUGACGCUGGGCUUUCUGGGGAGGAAGGCAAAGGACCGCCACGAUAGGAACGAGGAGCAGCGGCUGAGGGAGGACGAGGACAGGCGGAGAGACGAGGAGGACCGGCGAGCCGGCAACCGCACAUCCAGAUACACGGGCGACGGCUAUCCCACGCCGACAAGAACAGGAUCAAGGCGCCGCCCCCAUCGCCCGGGCGGCGGACGGCCUCCGCCGUCGGGGGUCACGACGACUGCGUCGGGCAUGUCAGAAGAAUCCUCUAUUGAACCGCGCGGGGAUAUUCCCUACGACCCGGUACCAGUGAGCGGUGUUUUGCCGCCGCGCCCCAUCCCUCUUCCCGGAUCUGCAGCAGCGGCCGCAGCUGCCGCGGCUUCUGCGUCCAGCCACGGCCCGAUCCCCCUUCCCGGCACAGCAGCUGCAAUGGCGGGAGGCAGGCCGUCGCGGCCGUCGUCAAGGACACGAUACGACGGCAUAGAGCCAGCUGCGAUGCCGCCAAUGCCGGUCGACCCUCACGGGAUCCUGCACCACGAGUCGGGCAGCGAGACGUAUUUCUCGUCAGGCGGCCGCCCUCACCGGCGACACUCAAACCGACGGGGAGCAGGCGGCGACCCAGAAGCGGCGGCGGCGGCUGCUGCCGCGUCGGCUAGCGUGUUGGCUGCGCAGGUGGAGGAAGAGCAUCGCCCGCGGGGCCGUCGAGGCGAGGGGUCGUCGUCGAGACAGCCCAUCACGAGCGUCAAGAUGAAGGCCGACGACAAGGGCGGCAUGACGUUCCGCCAGCUCACGGGCGAGCAGUCGAGACAGGAGCAGCGGCGGAGACGCAACGACUCGCUGAGCAGCCAAUCGGAGCUCGACACGCCCACCAGCCGGAGGUACCGGCGCGAGCGCGACUCGAGCCAGAGGCAGGCCGAGGUUGCAGCCGAGCAGCAGGUCGAGAACGAGCCGCUGGCGCCGCUGCUGUCGCCGCCGAACCCGGCGUUCGCGCAGGGACGGCGGGCCGCGGGCAAAGACUCAGCGUACUACUCGGGCCAGCCAGGGCCAUCUGGCGGCAUGGCGGGGGCGGUGUCGAGCAUGGGCAGCCUGGCGAGCCCUGGAGGCAGCCACGGGACGUUUAGCGCGCUCAGCCCGACGCCGUCUCGCGAUCCCACGGCGUCGGCGGCGGACCGGCGGCGGAGGAGACGUCUGGAGCGGCGCGACGGUAGCAGGCCGCUCAACACGGUCGACUUUGAGUAA